AUGCUGAAUGCCGUGCUGUUGGACAUGGUGCGCUACAUUCCGUUUGUGGAGAGUCGCCUCAACUUCUUUCGAGUGAGCUGCGAGGCAACGGCGUCAAAAGGUGAAGGCGGUGCUACUGGUGAGUCUGCACGCGAGUGGUUUGCAAAGUCCCAGCUGGUAUCGACACACCUUGAGCGGUUGCGUGCAGCACUGCAGGCCUCUCAGCUGACAGCAGAGGCGGCCCAAGUACGCUUGGUGCCGUUGGAGCAAUUAGCCUUGCAGCCGGUGCGAGAGGUGGGCGCGUUGUUCAGAUCAAGCGCAGCUCCGCCACCUCCGUUGUCGUUGUGA